AUGGUCACCGUAGGUAUAGGUUAUGGCAAUGGUAAUGUAAAUGGUAGUAAUAAAAGUAUUGGUCUAUUUGUAGUGGCAACGGUAAUGAUAUUGAUGUGGGGUAUGGUAAUGAUUAGGAAUAGUAAUGCUAAUUGGAAAGAAAGUGCUAACGGUAAAAACAACAACAGCAACAAAACUCAAGAAGCGCCCACAAAGCCAACAUUAAGCAGCGGCUACGACAGCAACAGCGGUCGAGGUCAACUUUUUCGUGGAAAGAAGACAGCAGCGAAAAAGAAGAAAAAGAAGAAAAGGAAGAAAGCAUUGCAGUUACAACGAUCGCAGAGAAAUUUUUGCGAAGAUGAUGAUGGGUGCAGUGAAGUUGAGCGGGAAGAGAAGAAAUUUGCCGCCGCUGCUGGUGAAACUGAACACAACAGCCAAACAAGUAAGCAAAGUGCUAUUUAUUCGCCGCAACCGCCGCCGCCGCCAACGCCACCGCCACCGCCACCACUCGACUAA